AUGGCCACCUUAGGGAAUUAUUUGCUACCGUCGCUGGUAGUGUGGUGCUGGUCCUUGGUUUUUGCUCAAUAUUACAGCAUCAAUCUGGGAGGUAUUGAUGAAACGCUAGUGGCCCAACCGGUCCCGGCUCCUCCUGCGCCUCCGACGGGAGGCCUUACGCAGGAGGUGCGACCAAAAAUUACUCCUCUGGAUGCGAUGAUCGACAGGACAAACUAUCUCGGUUUUCGGAUUUUGUAUUUGCACUCGAAAGGAAAUAAAAAUAACAUUGCCUUUUCACCAUGUGCUCUGGCGAGCAUUCUAGUGGCACUGUACGAGGGAGCCGAUGGUAAGAGUGCGGCGGAAAUACACGAGACUCUUGUGCUGCCAUACGAUAAGGAUAUUUUACGAGUCGGCUAUCGGGAUAUUCAUCGACGCUUGAGGAGUUAUUUUUACCGCACGGAGAACCUGCUCAGUGGACUUAGUUUAAGCAGCGAGAACAUCACUAUUCGUCCAGAAUAUGAAUCAAUACUCAAAUUUUACGGCUACGAUUUGGAAAACAUUCCGGAAAUGAAAAUGCAAACCACAACUCAGAUUCCAACGUCUCCCGGAGCAACAGAAUCGGAUACCUCGACCAGUGAUUACGAAAUGACAUCCAGCAGUGAAGAGGAACAAUCCACAACCGAGGCGACUCCCACCACCAUCGAUUUAUCGAUGGGUUCCGCGGGAGAAGAAGACCAGGAAGAAGAAGAGGAAGAAGCACAAAGUACAACCGAAGGAACAGAACCACCGACAGGUGAUGAUGCGACUGAAUCGACAGCCGCUACUGCAGAUGAAGAAACCACAACCGAAGCUGGCGAAGUUACACAGGAUGAGGAGGUGUCGGAUGCCACGACUGAAGAACCGACCGAAGCGGCACCGGCAGAGGAGCCUGCGGAAGGCGGAGAAAAGCGUCGCAGAAAUCUGAGAAAACGAGGACAGAAAUCGAAGCAACUGCAACGACAAAAAUUACAAAGAAAGAGAAUUCCUCGAAGCAAGCGAAGUCCGGAGGAAAUCGACGUUAUCAGUCAUCAGCGUUUCCUGCAAAACUUUUUACUUCAAGACGUUACAACGUCCUCUCCAUUUGCUUCCUUCCCGGCCUUCUCCGAACGAACCAAUCAAUUUCAGCAAGAUCGACUUCUCGAUGACACCAUCGAGCAUAAUUUCUAUUUGAGUGAAUCUGAAACGGUUAAAGUGCCGUACAAAAUUUACAACACAAUACUAAAAUAUGCCUAUAUCGACCGCCUUCAAUCAACAGUGCUAGAGCUGGAGCUAGACUCUGAUGACUACAAGCUAAUCAUCAUCCUUCCGGACUACGAGUUCGGACUGAGUAACCUAAUGAAACUGCUACAAAUUGGCGAAAACGUUCCAAAUCUAAGGGACAUCGUCAAACAAAUGAGUCCAUCCUGGGUGAAAACAAUCGUACCGAAAUUCAACCUAAAGGGUAAUAUUAUUUUAACUAGCGAUCUACAAAACAUGGGCAUCAACGACAUAUUCGAACCAACGCGCGCCGACUUCACGCCCAUGACGGAAGAUACGCUAAUCUGUGCGAAGCACAUCGAACAGUCGAUCAACAUCAACAUUCGCACGCAAUCGCUACAGCAGCUCAAAAGAUUUACAUCACUGUACAAAAACCCCAUCGAGCUGGCUAUCAAUUACCCAUUCCUGUUCUGUAUAUUGGACAAAGAAAUGGACUUGGCGCUAAUAACCGGUCGAAUAUUGAAUCCACUAAAUUCACGGAUUCACUAA